UUAGUCUCCUAGAGUUUCAAUAUUCCUUUACAAACUUUCACAAACAUUUUCACACCUUUCAAACUAUAUACCAUAUACCUUAACAUUUCAAAUAUAUUUUUGUUAAAUUCUUAAUUAGUCUAUCUAUAUAUCUAUAUAGUUUCUUUUGGCAUCAUGAAGAGAGAAAGAGAAAGCAUAACAAUGGCAAAUUGUUUGAUGUUACUUUCUCGUGGAAGUAAUCAAUUUGAAGCCACAUAUUCAUCAAUCUCUUCAAACAAUCGUGUGUUUGAAUGCAAAACAUGUAAUAGGCAAUUUUCUUCAUUUCAAGCACUUGGUGGCCAUAGGGCAAGUCAUAAGAAACCAAGGUUGAUGCAAGAAAAUGGAGAAAAUAUUGAUGGUCAAUUGCUAAAUACACCCCCAAAGCCUAAAACACAUGAGUGUUCUAUUUGUGGGUUAGAGUUUGCAAUAGGACAAGCUUUAGGUGGCCACAUGAGGAGACAUAGAGCUUCAAAUUUGAAUGGAAACAUGAUACACAAUUCUAAUACUAUGAGUUGUAGUAGUGGUAGUCUUGAUUCUUCACAAAAGAUGAAAGUUGUUGGUAACAAGAGAGUUUUUGUUUUGGAUUUGAAUUUGACUCCCUUUGAGAAUGAUUUGGAGUUUUUUAAGAUAGGAAAGACAACUCCUAAUUUGGUUGAUUAUUUGCAUUGAAUGUCUUGAAUACUUUAAUUCAUUGAUUUGAGAGUUAGUUAGUGUAUCAUAUAGAUAUACUUACAAUAAUACUAUUGUUUUUUAUUUUUUUACUUGUAGUCAUGUAUAUACUUUUUUAUUUAUGAAAUAGUCUAUAUACUAUCUAUACCUUUUUGGCUAU